AUGAACUCGCUUCGCGAUGCCAUUAAAUACCGACGCAAGGUCUCCGAGAUAUUUUACAAAGCUGGCGCCGCUGACGAAGGCCAUGAAAACUUUGUCUGGAAGCUCGAAGAGAUACAUACGAUGUUGUGGCCUCUUGAGUCAAACAUGGUGGCAUUCGUCGACGACGUCACCGAGGCUGAAGACACAAAGUGGAAGAACGCCUUUGCACCUUUGCCUGUCGACGAUACUCAGGACUCGCCUCAAAGCUCUAAACCCAAUAACUCGGAGAGCAGCCACAACGCCAUUACAAUCCCUAUUCCCGACGCUAUCCCUGCCCCCUCUUUGCCUGAUACUGCUCCACAACAGCCGGAAAUGAACAAGGUGCACAAGCAGCUCAAAGAGAUAUGGGAACAGGCGGCCAAAGGCGAGGCUCCCAUCGCUCUAGCUGCUUGGUUUACCAAUCUAGUCGCCAUGCACAAUUUCAGCGCGCAUUCGUAUCAAUCCGUAAUCCGUGGUAUUAUUCGGCGACUCGACGACGACCAAGACCCCGAUGAGUGUCUGAAGUCGGCGUCGAGGAUGUUCAUGACAGCUUGCGUCAUGGCAGAAUAUGCCAAGGAGAUUCGAGACUUCGACGCCCCCGAAAUACAGGGGAGCCUACGCGUCUUAACAGAGUGCCCAUUCAAGUAUACGAUCGAUUGUACAAAGACCUCCGAGACAGCGUCAUGGUGGUCAGAGGCACGCAAACAGCAGAUUCAUAGCGUUCUCGAAGCGGUCAAGACUGCAUUGCCAACAAGCGGGCCCGGUUCCAGAGCGAUUGUGCCGGUGGAGAGCUGCAGAACGAGCGACUGCGAGGGCAAUCAGAUCUGCGAGGCCUUCUUUGAUCUGACUCUGAGAUUCUUCCUCCAAAAGCAGCGUCCGCGUGUCCCACAGUGGGAUCAAGUCAUUAUAAUGGACCUUUUCAUACUAACAGAAGACGCUGCAUCGACGCCUAGUGCUCGUUCGAGCAGCCUUCAAUACCGGACUGCGGCUCUCCAGUUUGCCAUGGACGUGCAUGAGUGCAUUAACGAAUUUCGGAAUCCCAACUCCCCUUUUGCAAAACAAUACCCCAUUGUACUAACCUGCGCGGAUGGGUUUUGCAAUGCAAUCAAGCAGUACUUCGAAGAAUACAAAUCUGGCCCCUAUCACGAAUCCCCCUGGACGAUGGGCUGUCACGUGGUGGAGCUUCUGAUGCUCGCAACAAGCCUUGGCUUGUUUCUGUGCCGUCAAUACGGCGUUCUUUACUCGAUAUUGCACCUCUAUAAUGCUUUGCGCCGAUUGAAUGUCAAGGGACUUCAGAUUCCGGAGAACCGCGAGUUGAACAAGCUUACUCAGAUGUUUUCUUUGGAAAUAUUCAAAGGAGACCCGCCAUGUCGUGGGUUUCUCCAUGCCUUCCGCUACAUAGUAUACAAAAGCCACAAGUAUUCAGCCUCAACAUCGGAAGCGUCCAACCUGGAAAAGGGAUUGCUCAGAGGCCAUUUCAGAGCAGGCGACCCGUUUCUCUCACUUGUCACCCAACACAAAGACCUCCAUCGCCGGAAUCCCGUUUUCCUCACCAGGGUUUACAAGAACCCCGUCCCAAUAGCAUACGACUGCGGCGAUGAAAACUGCGCGCAACACAAGUCCAAAGCAUGGGAAUACAAGAUCGAAAAGGUCCGCAGAGAAUACGAAAAGACCACGCUUUCCGAGUACACCGCCAAAGCUCGGGAUGCAGCGGCUGCAGAGCUUUCCGAAGACAGUCCCUCGUCGCGCCUCAACUUUCUGAAGCUGUUUCAAGCGUAUUCCCAGAUGCUGGAUGAAUUCGCCAAAAGAGUCAAGGGACGUCUAAAGGUGGAGUACACCAAGCAGAGGUUAUGGACAAGUGACAUGGAAUAUGGGCUGGAACUGAGUCGUUUUGCUGUCGAAGAAACACUGGAGCAGAUUGACCUCAACUUCAAUGGCACCAGGAGAGAGCAGGUACAUUUAAAGGGACACCCACUCCUCCAGAGUGCAGUGAAAAUGUUUAAAGAUAUGAAGGAGGGCAGGAAGCCAGAAGAUGCGGAGCUCACGAGAUUUCUUUGGGAUCUCGCGUGA